AUGCUCAUGAACGUUUCAAAGCUCAAUGUUGAAGACGUACGAAGAAGGUUUCGGACGCUUGUGAAAGAGGUCUUCAGUCCGGACUGUUGGAAACUGUCCAUUCCCGCCAUCCUUUAUGUCGUGCAGAAUAAUUUGCAGUUCGUCGCGGCGUCUAAUCUAGAUCCUGCGGCGUUUCAGGUCAUAUAUCAGGUGAAAAUAUUGACGACCGCUGCCUUCUCUGUAUUGCUGCUGCGAAAGCGCAUAUCCACGAGGAAAUGGAUCUCUCUGCUAUUCCUUGCCAUUGGUGUUGGAAUCGUACAGAUUCAGUCCGGAUCAAAGUCAGUGUCGGCCUCAUCUAUCGUCAGAUCGCCGCCUACUCUCCCGAACAGCACUAUCUUCAUCAACGUCGACCCUGGGCAGACGAUAGAACCAGUAACUGUUCAUACGACGGAGAAACCACUCACCCAUGAAAUGAACCGCUUCAAGGGAUUCUUAGCUGUGUCCUUUGCGUGCAUCACUUCCGGAUUGGCGGGUGUGUAUUUCGAGAUGGUUCUGAAGGGGAGUAGAUCCGACCUUUGGGUCCGAAACCUACAACUUUCGCUUUUCUCCCUUAUCCCCGCUCUCGUUCCCAUCAUUUACAACUCAAGCCCCAACGCAGGGAUUAGGUUUCCAUUAAAUUUGUUUCACCACUUCGGAUUUUGGGCAUGGGCAACGGUCUUAGUCCAGGUGGCUGGAGGUCUUAUCACCGCCGUGAUCACCCUUACCUUCACGAUUGGGGCAACUACGGUACUCGCGGCAACGGCAAUGUACAACCAACCGGAAACACCCGUGUCUGAGCUUCUCAAGGAGCAAGAUAGCUAUGGUGGGGGUAAUAAGAGCGGCUUUGUGGGGCCAGGGCUCGUCACAAAUAAUAAAGGGUUCAGUCCGGUGGACCGGAAUGUAUCAAUGUUGGGCUCAUGGCAGCAGGAGACAAGGAAUGAUUCUCUUUGGACAGACGCGAGUCCCGCCUUUGGGUUAUCGACAAGCUCUGCACAUUCGUCGCCUGUUCCCCUUCAUGUCAUGUCUCCGAUGAUGCUGUCUCCGCAGAUGAGCGUAGUGUCAUCUCCCAACCAACUCUCUUCACCGUCCAUCAUAUCAUCAACUCGUCCCGAUGCCACGCCCCAUCCUGCUGGAAUUUCCGUCGCUGCCUCGGGUAGAGGCAACUCACAUUGGCCUUCCUGGGACAAAGAAACACGCUGGUUGGGAUCGCGAUUAACAUUCGUUUUCACUUAG